AUGAUGCUGAUUUUAUACCUGCUGUUUGUGUGCAGUCCGACAGCCCGUACUCCGGUCACUCCAGCAGUAACACCCUGUCAAGCACGUCCUCCAGCGGGGGCCACAGCGACACUGACAAGUGGUUCGAGCUGGGGCCUGGGGGCAGCUCCAGUGGGGAGCAAGGCGAACCCGAGCCCAAUGGCUUGGGAGGAGGGGGCUAUCUCCAGGGCUCAUCUGCGGACAGCGGCAUCGACACUAGCUCCUACGGCCCUGCGCACCUGCCGCACUCGCACCAUGGCAGCACCAACGUCCCUGCUGGCCCCCGAGCGAGCAGGGACAGCCCGGGACAGGGACCGCUCAGCCUCCCCCUGGCACAGCCCCACGGAAGGCGGCCGCAGAAUGCUGGAGAGGUCCCCUGCUGCAGCAGAGUCUCCAGGGCCACCGCCUGAGAGCAGAGAGGGCCGCACUCCUCCCACACACCUGCUGGUCCGGGACGCCAGUACCUACAGCCUGAGCGACAUUUGUUCCAACUCCAGCUCCAGCUCCAGGCACUCGGCUCACAGUUCACCCAGAGAAGAGUCUUCGCCCUCAGCCACAUCCCCCUCCCAGGCUUCCCUCGCUGGACCCAAGAGCUUCUACCCCCGACAGGGCGCUCAGUCAAAGUACCUGAUUGGCUGGAGGAAACCUGGCUCCACAAUCAACUCUGUGGACUUUGGAGACACGCGCAAGAAGUCUCCCGGUGAGAGCAGCGUGGACCUGAUCCCUACCCCAGCUGCCCGCCCCUCUUUGCGGGACAUGCACUCUCCUCAGCCCCACAGCAAGUCCCUCAAGUCCCCUAUGGAGGAGGAACCCAAGAGACAGGAGAACCAGGACAGUCCGCCACGACCGCUACACAGGCACAAAGAGAAGCACGGGCAGAAGUCUCCCCCCGAGCAGCCCCUGACCCGCCGCCGCUCGCUCCACAGGACUCUGUCUGAUGAGAGCAUUUACCGCGGCCAGCGCCUGCCCUGCCUGUCAGACUCUGUGCCCGAGCAGCUGGCCGCUGACGUGCUGUUCAGCUGUUCCACUCUGCCUCGCUCCCCCACCACUAGGGGCGUCCCACUGAGGAGGCCCUCGUACAAGCUGGGGGUCAAGCUGCACGGAGAUCUGUCUGCCUCAGACACCUCUCUGGUGGACUUAGUGGAGCGCCAUCGCGGACCCCUACCCCCUGACCUGAUGCCCCUCCCCUCGGGCCGCGACAGCCCCCUGGAGUGGACCCACCUGGUGGAUGUGGCCAGUACCUUCGAUAGUGACCGAGGAGCGCACUAUGUUCAGAGAAGUUAUGUGUUCGGAGACGUGAACCAUCGCAGCAGCGGGACCAGCCCCCAGCCCCACAUCGAGCUGCAGCCGGCCCCCCUGUCACGUCCUGCCUCCAGUGAGGGCCACAUAGGGUUGGAGAGGAAGGUGACUAAACUGGAAGCCAUGGUGAAGAUGCUGCAGGAGGACUUGAAGAAGGAGCGUGAGGAGAAGCAGCGGAUGCAAGCUCAGAUCAAGCGUCUCUGGGAGGAGAAUCAGCGGCUGCAGGAGGAGUCCCAGACUUCUGCCGCCAAACUCAAGAAGUUCACAGAGUGGGUCUUCAACACCAUAGAUAUGAACUGA